UUAAGCGCCGCAGCAGCAGCUCGUGAAGUCGGCGUUAGCACACGUACUGGGCAAUCAUGGGCCAAGGCAUACAGAGAUGGUCCUGAGAAGAAAAUAAAAAAACGCGGCCCCAAACCUACCUUCCUAGCAACAGAGCAGCAAAGCCACCUCAUCGACUACAUCGACGAAAAUGCAACAGCGACCGUCAGCGACGUUGUGGACAGUCUAACGAAUGUAUUCAUGGACACGAAGCUCACAAAAUGA